AUGUGUCCAACAACCAAGCAAAAGCAUCGGAGCUCCGUCGCCGAUCACAACGGAAAAUGCUCCAGAUCCGACGAGUCGACAACCUCCACCGCCGAUUGGAUCUCCGAGUCCAUCCACAGCGGAUCACUGCGCUACGUGGACCUCACCACCGGAACCAAUGGCUGGGCCUCACCUCCCGGCGACCUAUUCUCUCUCCGCACAAAGAACUACUUGACGAAAAAGCAAAAAGGCCCCGCCGGCGACUACCUACUCACGCCGUGCGGCACAGACUGGCUCAGAUCCAGCACCAAACUCGAUAACGUACUCGCCCGCCCCGAUAACCGCGUGGCCAACGCGCUGCGGAAGGCCCAGGCCCAAGGCAAGUCGAUGAAGAGCUUCAUUUUCGCUGUGAAUCUACAAGUCCCCGGUAAGGACCAGCACAGCGCGGUGUUCUACUUCGCCACAGAGGAUCCUAUCCCCUCCAGCUCGCUCCUAUACCGGUUCAUCAACGGGGAUGACUCAUUCAGGAACCAGCGGUUCAAAAUCGUGAAUAGGAUUGUGAAAGGGCCGUGGAUCGUCGAGAAGACGGUGGGGAAUUACAGUGCGUGUUUGUUGGGGAAGGCGCUGACGUGUAAUUACCAUAGAGGACCUAACUACCUUGAAAUUGACGUGGAUAUCGCGAGCUCGGGGAUCGCGAAGGCCAUUCUGAGACUCGCAUUGAGAUACGUGACUUGCGUAACGAUUGACAUGGGGUUUGUGGUGGAGGCGCAGGCAGAGGAUGAGCUGCCCGAGAAGUUAGUCGGCGCGGUCAGGGUUUGCCAGAUGGAGAUGUCGUCGGCGACGGUGGUGGACGCGCCGCAUGGUCCAGCCGUAGCGCGUGGACUGAGCUUUGCGAAGGUGAAUCAUCAUAAGUCCGGCGACGACGACGACGACGACUGA